CCGCGGGCGAGCUGCGCUGGGAGGCCGAGGCCGGGGUCGGGGCCGGGGAGCCCCGCGAGCCGCCGCAGCGGGGUCCCGGGGACGCGGAGGGACCAUGGCUGCCAGCAGCAUCACCACGCUCCCCGCACUGCCCGAGGACGGCGGCGCCGCCUUCCCGCCCGGUCACUUCAAGGACCCUAAACGGCUCUACUGCAAGAACGGCGGCUUCUUCCUGCGCAUCCACCCUGACGGCCGUGUAGACGGCGCCCGGGAGAAGAGCGACCCACACGUCAAACUACAACUCCAAGCAGAAGAGAGAGGGGUCGUGUCUAUCAAGGGAGUGUGUGCAAACCGGUAUCUUGCUAUGAAGGAGGACGGAAGGCUGCUGGCUUCUAAGUGUGUUACAGAAGAGUGUUUCUUUUUUGAACGCUUGGAAUCUAAUAACUACAAUACUUACCGGUCAAGGAAAUACUCCAGCUGGUAUGUGGCACUGAAGCGAACUGGGCAGUAUAAACUCGGAUCCAAAACGGGACCUGGGCAGAAGGCCAUACUCUUCCUUCCGAUGUCUGCUAAGAGCUGACUCACUGUAGAAACUGUUAAUGAGAGAAAAGGAUGAACACUACUAAGUUUGGAUACCUGGUUUGAUCAUUCAUUAUGUAACAAGACACUUAACCAUUACCUCAGUAAAGAAAAACAGCAAUUUUUGGAAAAAAAAUAAUUUAGACUUCCCCCUUUUAUAGAGCUUUGGUUG